AUGCCUUUGGUUAACAAUUAUUCUUCAACAUCUGAAUUUGAGGAUGAGGACUCUUGUAAUAUAUCUGAUGCUAAGGACUCGAAUCCAAAAGGUUUAAGGUCGAAACAUAUACCCGCUUCAGGGCAAGUGGUAUCAACUAACAAUGUAACGUUUUCUUCAUUAGGCAGUGGAACAACGAAGCGGUAUCACUUCACAAAGGCUGAGCUAAAGGCUAAGCGACGUAAGCGUAGUGGAAGUGGCCCAUGGGGGAAGUGGGAGUCAUCCAGUGACUCUGAUAAUAAUUAUGAAGAUGGUGGUAUAGGUUCUAGUCACCAGUAUGCGCUCGAUGAGGGUGAUUUCCAUAGUGAUGACGGUGCUGAUGAUGGCGGUGAAGAUAUAGAAACCUCAACCUUUUAUGGAGAAAAGGAGAAAGACUACUUGGGUAGAGGGUAUCUUCACACCCCUUCUGAUAUUGAUAUUAAUUUCAAUAAAGAGCCGCUAUCAUUUCAGUGCUAUCUGCCAAAGAAGAUUAUUAAUGUCUACGAUGGCCAUGAAAAUGGCACUACAGCACUUAAAUUUCUACCGAAGAGUGGACAUUUGUUUUUAUCUGGAGGAAACGAUAAUAAGUUGAAAAUCUGGGACUUGUAUCAUGAUAGAAGACUCCUUCGUGAUUUUUGUGGGCAUCAGAAGCCUAUAAGAGACUUUAAUUUCACUACCGACUCGAAGCAGUUUACAAGUGUUAGUUAUGAUAAAUUUCUAAAGAUUUGGGAUACUGAAAAGGGCGCUAUAAUACACAGAACCAAACUAACUAGCGUUCCAAAUUGUGUCACGUUUCACCCGAUUAACAACUAUGAGUUAGUUGUGGGCUUAUUGAAUUCAGAAAUUAAGCAUUACGAUACUAGAGAUAACUACAAAAACGGUUUGAUUCAAACAUACGAUCAUCAUACGUCAUCUAUUAUCGCACUAAAAUUCUUUCCUAAUGGAUCAAAAUUCAUUUCGUCUUCAGAAGACAAGACUAUAAGAAUUUGGGACAACCAGAUCAAUAUACCUAUAAAACAAAUUUCCGACACCGCCCAGCAUUCAAUGCCCUGGAUUGAAAUACAUCCAGAACACAACUAUUUUGCAACACAGAGCAUGGACAAUUCUAUUGGCGUAUAUUCCAUGAAACCGAAAUAUAAAAAACAUACUAAGAAAAUUUUCAAAGGUCACCACUCUGCGGGUUAUGGUAUACGCUUUGAUAUUUCACCGGAUGGUAGAUAUAUUGCAUCGGGUGACUCUAUGGGUCGCUUGUUCAUUUGGGAUUGGAAAACAUGCAGGAUAUUAAAGCAGUUUAACGCUGGUACUAAGGACCCGCUCACCAAUGUAGCUUGGAAUCCCCAGGAGACCAGCAAAGUAAUAUGUAGUGGUAACUCUGGGAAGAUUUUUCUUUUUGAUUAA